AGGUGUUCAGAUAUGUGCUGUGUGUGCUUGUGUAUUUCAGAGCCCAGAUCACUCUGCAGCGGAGGACCAGGAAACAGGGCACAAACAUGAAGGAGAGGAGUGGAGUUUGUCUCGCGUGGAAAGUGCUGCUGGUGGGGAUGUGUGUGCUGCUGCUCCUGUGCUCAGCAGGUUUAGUGUUCAUGCUGGUCCGACAGAAAGAGCUGACAGAGGAGCUGCUCAGAUUGGACGCCCAGGUGCAGGUGCUGUCACAGAGUUGCAGGCUGCAGACAGGAAUCCUGCCCACGGACCCUGCAGAGGCUGGAGAGCUGAAGAAGCUCCACCGCGGCAGAAGAAGCUGGGAGGGAGAACCAACACAAAGCCAAGAUGAGAAAGAUAUGUUGAUGCUGAUGACGUACUCCAUGGUUCCUGUCAAAGCCUUCAUAGAUCUGUGUAACAGCUCCAGAAAAAUUUGUUUAACAGGCCCACCUGGACCACCAGGUUUGCCUGGUAGAGCAGGUUCACCAGGACCACAGGGUGUGCCUGGGCCUGAGGGGAGACGAGGAAGAAGAGGACCCCCUGGUGAAAAGGGAGAACCGGGACCUAAAGGAGACCCCGGGCCUCCCCGACUGAAAGGCGAGACCUCGAAUGACAUUCUCACUCAGGGUCCUCCUGGUCCAAGAGGUCCACCAGGUUCACCUGGUCCAAGAGGUCCACCUGGUUCACCUGGUCCACCCUGUCCUGCUUGGAAUUCCACUGAAGUGAGAAACAAGACCAUCAGAGAACACAUCCAUCAAACCAACAUGUUGAUGGAUUCAUUUCCUAUUCUGACCAGCGAGGCCGUCAGCGAAACCAACACAGAAAACAUCAGCAGCUCGACAAUUAACCAGACUGAAUCACCAACACCACACCCAGCCGAUGAUAGCGGAGAUGUAUUGAAUGUCACUGACUCUAAAAAACGUCUAGACACAAGUGUGGAAUCUGAGUCAGUAUCAGUUCAUCUGGAGUACAGCCACGACAUCUUGAAUGAUACCAACACAGAAAAUGUUACAGAGGCACCAAAUCAAUUAUUAACAGCCCUACUUUCUCCAGACCUGAUUCAAAACAGUGACACCUUCAAUGGCAGCGGAAACAUUAAUGAUACACCCAUGAAAAGUGAGUUAGUAUCACCCCAUCCAGACGACAGACAUGACACGAGGACUGAAAGCAGCACACAGACUGUUACAGAGGCAGCAAUGAGCUUAUUAACAGCUCAUGAAGCCAGAGAUGUUUUUAAUGUUACUGACUCUGUGAAACUUCAAGACAGAGAAAAGGAAUCUGAGUCAAUACCACUUCAUAAAGACUACAGCCACGACACCCUGAACGAUUCCAACACAGAGAAUGUUACAGACGGACCAAUAACAUUAUUAACAGCCCCACUUUCUGCGGACCAGAACAGUGAUGCCGUCACUAACAGUGGAACCAUUAUUGAUACACCCAUGAAAAGUGAAUCACCAACACCACACCCAGCCGAUGAUAGCGGAGAUGUAUUGAAUGUCACUGACUCUAAAAAACGUCUAGACACAAGUGUGGAAUCUGAGUCAGUAUCAGUUCAUCUGGAGUACAGCCACGACAUCUUGAAUGAUACCAACACAGAAAAUGUUACAGAGGCACCAAAUCAAUUAUUAACAGCCCUACUUUCUCCAGACCUGAUUCAAAACAGUGACACCUUCAAUGGCAGCGGAAACAUUAAUGAUACACCCAUGAAAAGUGACGACAGCCAUGGCACCUUGAACGAUACCAAAAGAGAGAACCGUACUGAGGCACCAAUUCAAUUAUUAACAGCCUCACUUUCUGUAGACCUGGCUCAAAAGAGGGACGGCGUCAAUAACAGUAGAAUCAUUAUCGAUACACCCAUGAAAAGUGACUCUUCAUAUCCACUCCGGACCAACAACAAGAUCAAUGUGACAACCAGUGAGAGAUGGACAAGAACUGAGUGCAAAAUUAGAAGUAUUAAAUGUUCAUCAAAAGCCACCAAAAUGCAAAGCACUUUUGGAGCCUGGAUGUCCGAUGCAUCCCAGCUGGAUGACGGUCGAUACUGGCUGGCUGAGCAUUUUUCAGGUCGACUUUUGGCGGAGCACAGGAACAUUUCGACAUUUCAGGAUACAAGCCACAAAAUUAUAGACAUCAGGAGGUUCUUUCAGGGCUGCGGUCACGUUGUUUACAAGUGGUCACUUUACUUUCACAACGCAGGAAAAAACACACUUAUAAAAUUUGACCUGAACACCAGGAGAACAAACACUCUGAUCAUGGCAAACAGCAGAUAUCACAACCUGACUUAUCUUUUUCGCAACUCAAAGACAUACUUCAAGUUUGCUGUGGAUGAAAAUGGACUGUGGGUCAUUUUUGCAUCAGAUACAGAUGACGAUACGAUGGUUGCGAAGCUUAACACUGACACAUUUUCUGUGGAGUCGGUCAUUAACACUCACUACCCUACAACUAAAGCAGGAAAUGCUUUCAUUGUAUGUGGGGUGCUAUAUCUUACAGAUGACAAAGACAGAAUAGUUACAUAUGCCUUUGAUUUAAAGAAAGAGAGUCCUCUGGAUGCAAGUUUUGAUUUAAGGCCAGCUAAUGGCAUAUUAGCUAUGCUGUCAUAUUAUCCCAACAAAAAUCUUUUGUAUAUGUGGGACAAUAGCAGUGUGAAAUCCUGCAAAGUUAAACUCAAACUGACCUAUAAAUAACCACAAACCUUGUAAAAUGAGCAAUAAAUUAAAAAAAAAAUCUCA